UGCGCGCCCCCACCCUUUCACGUCCUCUACUAUUUUUGUGAAUGUUGCGGCUGAUAGAUCAGACGCCUGUAGGAAGCAGAGAGAAGAUAUGGGAGACUUGGCUGACAGUGCAGACAGGAAGCAGCAGGGGGUGCUGGAUGCGCAGGAGUUCGACCGCCAGUUCGAGGAGAUCGUGAAGGAGCUGACUGAGCCCGACCUGAACCACCCGGAGAUCGGGGACGCCAUCCGCAGGCUGAGAGAGGUGCUGGAGUACAACGCCCCCGGGGGGAAGAGGAACCGCGGCCUGUCAGUCAUCGCUUCGUUCAGAGAGCUGUCCCGCCCCCAGACCCCCGACGCGGAGAGCGUGCAGCGCGCCCUGGUGGUGGGAUGGUGCAUUGAGCUGCUGCAGGCCUUCUUUCUGGUGGCCGAUGACAUCAUGGACGCCUCAGUGACCAGGAGGGGGCAGCCUUGCUGGUACAAGCGGGGUGGGGUAGGGCUGGAUGCCAUCAAUGACUCCUUCCUGUUAGAGGCCGUGAUCUACAGACUGCUGAAGAGAUACUGCAGAGCCCAGCCCUGCUACCUGAACCUCAUCGAGCUCUUUCUAGAGACCUCCUAUCAGACCGAGCUGGGCCAGGCGCUGGAUCUGAUGACCGCCCAGCCGGACCGGAUUGACCUGACCCGGUUCACUGAGGAGAGGUACAAAGCGAUUGUGAAGUACAAGACUGCUUUCUACUCCUUCUACCUUCCUGUUGCUGCUGCCAUGUAUCUGGCUGGUAUUGACGGUGAGGAGCAGCACAGCAAUGCCAAGGCAAUCCUGCUGGAGAUGGGAGAGUUCUUCCAGAUACAGGAUGAUUUCCUGGAUUGCUUCGGCGACCCCGCGGUGACGGGGAAGAUCGGGACGGACAUCGAGGACAACAAGUGCAGCUGGCUGGUGGUGGAGACGCUGAGGAGAGCAAGCCCGGAGCAGAGGAGGGUCCUGGAGGAGAGCUACGGACGUCAUGACUCGGAGAGCGUGUCUCGUGUGAAGUCUCUGUACUCAGAGCUGGGAAUGCCGGUGCUGUUCCAGGAACACGAGGAGAGCAGCUUCCAGCGGCUGCGCGGGCUGAUCGAGCGCCACGCCAACACCCUCCCCCACGCCGUCUUCCUGUCCUUCGCACACAAGAUCUACAAGAGGAACAAGUGAGGGACGGAACAGAAAAACAAUAUAUACUGUAUAUAUAUUUAUCAAAUUUGAAAACGGAAAACUGCUCUGUACCAAAAGAUGCAAAAUCAAAAAAGAAAAAGGUCAUUUAGGUACAAAAAAAAAAAAAAAUCAUCUGUUCUAUCGGAAUACAGUAACAUACUGUGCACUAAACUACACUGAGAUCUCGUUUUAAAGACCAGUCCUGGUGUCACUAGGAGUUUAAUAAUCAGACACACCUGAGUUUGUUGCCUAGACACACUGGGGCUGAUCAAGCUGGUAGCAGUGAAACCUGGACUGGAUCACACUGCUGUGCAAUAGGGAGACUUUCUGCUUGUUUGAAUGUGUUGUUCAGAGUGACUUGGAGCUGCAGCAGAAAACAAGGCAAUGUAAAUGCAUCUACACUGAGUUGAAUUGCAUUGUAAUGUAAUGUAAAUGCAUCUACACUGAGUUGAAUUGCAUUGUAAUGUAAUGUAAAUGCAUCUACACUGAGUUGAAUUGCAUUGUAAUGUAAUGUAAAUGCAUCUACACUGAGUUGAAUUGCAUUGUAAUGUAAUGUAAAUGCAUCUACACUGAGUUGAAUUGCAUUGUAAUGUAAUGUAAAUGCAUCUACACUGAGUUGAAUUGCAUUGUAAUGUAAUGUAAAUGCAUCUACACUGAGUUGAAUUGCAUUGUAAUGUAAUGUAAAUGCAUCUACACUGAGUUGAAUUGCAUUGUAAUGUAAUGUAAAUGCAUCUACACUGAGCUGAAUUGCAUUGUAAUGUAAUGUAAAUGCAUCUACACUGAGUUGAAUUGCAUUGUAAUGUAAUGUAAAUGCAUCUACACUGAGUUGAAUUGCAUUGUAAUGUAAUGUAAAUGCAUCUACACUGAGUUCUGUAACAGCAAUGCAAUGUACAGACAAAUGCUUUUUAAAAUAAUAAAUAAAAUAAAUGAAAAAAGAGA